UUUACCAACAUGCGUUAAUUUACUUUACGUAACCCUUUAGAAAGACCAGUCGCCGAAAGACGUUUAAUACCUUCCGGUUUUCUGUCGUUGACUCCGCCCAGUUGUCUCUAACGGGCUUGCUGAGUUGACUCCCGUCAGACCACGGCAAAGGUUAAACUUCAUUGACUCGUUUGUGAUUUUGCGGCUCUGCUGAUGGACCGACCGUUUGCGAACAGACGGGAUAAGGACUUUCUGACAUGUCCAAGAAAUGUGAAUUCAACUGGACAGUUAUAGUCCUGACUUGCCAGCACAAAGACAGCGUCCAUGCUUUCCAAAGAGAGUUGGAGUUGCGGCAGCAGCGGGGGUCUGUUCCACAGGACACGCUGCUGCUGACGGUGUCGGACCCCCAGGAGAGGCUGGGCAGCGGAGGGGCCACACUGAAUGCACUGCUGGUGGCGGCUGAACACCUGAGUGCCAGAGCCGGCUAUACAGUAGUGACAGCAGAUGUGCUUUAUGAUGCACAUAUCCUCAUCUUACACACGGGCCGUGAUUUUCCCUGGGGUGGCUGCAGUCGAGCCUUCUGCUGGCUGGCUGUGGAGAGAUCAUGUCAGCGAGUCCAGGCUCCUGUCUGCUGUUUGGACCUGCUGCUGGACUGCCUCAACACUCAGGUCUGCCCAGGGUCUCCUCCUGGUGUCUGGAUCUGCAGUACUGACAUGAUCCUCACAAUACCUACCCAUUAUGGGAUUCCCUGGGAGGGAUUCUCCGGGGUGCGGGUUCUGGCCCUGCCAGGUGACUUGUCCUACGCAGCCAGUCAUGGAGUGUACCUCUCUGAUGAGCAGGGCCAUGUGAGAGACAUCAUCUAUAAGGGAACAGCAGAGCAGAUCUGCCAAGCUGCAUUGCCUGAUGGGAAAGUGCCGUUGGUGUCCGGUCCAGUCUUCUUCAACAGGGAGGUGUCAGAGAAGUUGCUCCAGACCCACGUCACCCCUCCUCUGGAUGGCUGCACCUACCUGGGAAUGGACUCCGGAGCCCCUCCACUCCAGAUUUCUCUUUACCUGGAUAUGCUGAUGUGCCUGUGUUCGGACAUGACUUACACACGGUUUGUCAACGAGGAAAGACAGGGCUGCUGUUCUCCUCUUGGAUCGCAGGGGACGUUGGUGAGGAGUGGGCGUGCUGAGCUAUGGAGGAUACUAAGAGGAGCACAGCUCAGUAUGGUGUAUGUUCCUGGGGGCAGCUAUGACUACCUGGCUCCAUCUGGGAAGGAGCACAUCGGCCGCCUGAUCCAGGAGGGCACAGACAGAAUCACUCUCUCCCACAUCCAGAGAGCACUUUGCGUGAGUGAAAGAGCCCGGGUGAUCAACAGCGUCCUGGAGGGAGAAGUCACUGUGGCAUCUGGAGCUGUGGUGCAGCACUGCCACCUGCAGGGUCAUCUGGCAGUCCCUUCAGGUUGUUUGCUGUCGGGCUUGGAGUUCACCUCUUCAUCACACAUAAGACAGCUAGAACUGACCACUGACAUAAUCAUCCAGGGACACCGUAUCCAGCUGGGCGAGCUGAAACUGAGCAUAUACACAGUGCUGGGGGCCCAAGAUAAGGUCUCCUGUGAUACUGGCAGUACCUCCUUCCUCAACAUGGAAUGGAGCCUCCUCUACAGCCGCACAGGAAUCCAGCCUGAGGAACUGUGGGCUACGGGCUCUCAGCGCUCCCUUUUGGAAGCGCGGCUUUUUCCAGUCUUCCAUCCCAGGGGUGGCGCUGCGGGACUGCAGGGAGGCGUGGGCUGGCUCCUGGGUGGUCCUGGCAGCCUGGAGAGCUGGAGAGAGUCGUGGAGGCUGUCGCUCAAAGAGGUGAUGUCGCUUACGCACCAGGAGGCGGAGCUCCAGUGGAGGGAGGAGCUAUUGUUCCUGGCGGGGAGGAGGAGGGUGAUUGACACGUUGACGGGCCACAAAGCUGUCAGCCUGCUGCCUUGCUUCAGAGCUGCUGUGCUGGGAGGACAGCAGGAGAAACUGCUGGAGACGUUGGACUCUAUUGCAGCAGGCCGCAUAUCGGAUCAGGGGGCGGAGCCGGGGGCGUCUCAGGGGGUGGAGCUUGGUGUUUCUGCCCGCUGUCUUGCCUGUAUAGCCGAUGUCUUGGGCUGCCUGGCAGGAGAGGGCAAGGGAGGACUGAGGAGUGGCCCUGCAGCCAACCAAGCCUGGAGGCAUGCAUUCUCUCUGCUGGAGGCGGGGCAUCUGCUCGCAGGCAUCAACGCCUUGGCCAAACAGAGAGCCAACUGGCUGGGCAGGCCGGACCUGCUGGUGCGAGCAGCGCGGCACUAUGAAGGGGCAGGGCAGGUGCUGCUCAGACAGGCAGUGAUGUCAUCACAGAAAUUUGUCAUCGUUGGCCAAGAUGAAAUCCCACCAAUAGAGGAGUGGCAGGAGGUGGAAUGCCCUGCUAGGCUGGACCUGGCUGGUGGCUGGAGUGACACCCCUCCCAUUGCCUUUGAGCAUGGCGGCUCAGUGACCAACGUUGCGGUGAAGGUGGAUGGAAAGUGUCCCAUUGGUGCCCGGGCCCGUCGCAUCAGGGAGCCUCGCCUCCUGUUGGUCAGCCACACCGGAGGACGAGAUAGUGGGGUUGCUACAGAGAUAGUCUGUGAAAAGCUUGAGGACCUUAAGGACCACUGUCAGCCGCAUGCACCUGGAGCCCUGCUGAAGGUAGUGUGUGUGUGUAGUGGGCUUUUUUCCCUCUCUUCCAAGCAGCCUCUAGAGGAGCAGCUCCUGCAGCGCUGGGGAGGAGGUGUGGAGCUCCACAGUUGGUCCAUCCUGCCCCAUGGUUCUGGGCUGGGUACCAGCAGUAUCCUGGCGGGGGCGCUGCUGGCUGCUGUCUACAGAUGUACUGGUCGGACCUAUGACACAAACUCCCUUAUCCACGCGGUCCUGCAUCUGGAGCAGAUACUCACCACGGGAGGAGGCUGGCAGGACCAGGUGGGUGGCUUGGUGGGAGGAAUCAAGGUUGGGCGUUCCAAAGCCUGUCUCCCCCUGCGGGUGGUAGUGGAACAUCUCAGUCCUCCGGAUGACUUCCUGGUUGCUCUGCAGCAGCACCUCCUAUUGGUCUACACUGGGAAGACCCGUCUUGCACGCAAUUUACUGCAGGAUGUGGUGCGGAGCUGGUACAGUCGUCUCCCCGCCAUAGUCCAGAACGCCCAGCAACUGGUGGCCAACGCUGAGGAGUGUGCCCAGGCGUGUGCAGAGGGGUCCCUCUCCAGACUAGGAGCCUGUCUGGACCGUUCUUGGCAGCAGAAGAAGCUGAUGGCGCCCGGCUGUGAGCCGGCCGCUGUGAGAAUCAUGAUGGAGGCCCUGAGGCCCCUGGCACUGGGCCAGAGUCUGGCAGGGGCCGGCGGGGGCGGAUUCCUAUAUUUGCUGACCCGUCAGCCUGGACAGGGUCACGUGGUUCUGCAGGUCCUCAACAACACGCCGGGUCUUGGAGACUUCAGUGUUCACUCCGUUGAACUGGACAUGGAUGGGAUAGUCUGCCGCCGGCCUGAGCCCACAUUCUGACAGGACCUGGUAAGCUCCGUGAACCCAGGCUCACAGCGACUUACCGACAAGACUAUCCAGCAUGCCAAUAACACGUUGGGUUUUAUUACUAAUCUCUGAAGUGUGACUUCUGUCAGUUUGAAUGAUGAAAGUAAAUGGCUGAGCAAUCUAAAUCUUAUUAACGGUCCCUAUGAAAAAUGGAUAUGCUUGAAUAUUUUCAUGUCAUUAACAGUGAUGACCGUAGACUACACAGCAAAUAAGGAAAGCGGCUGGUUAGUUUAUUUACAAGUACACAGUGUUGUAAUCCGAGUAUCUGGUGGGCUCCUGUGAUGGACUGCCAACCUGUCCAGGGCUUCUCCCUUCCUUCUACCUAACUCUUGCUGAAAUAGCCUUCAGCCCCCCCACCCCCACCACGAAUUGUAUUAAGUGAAAUGAGUAUCAAGUUUCCUUUAUUAAUCCCCUUGGAGAAAUUCAGUUACUGUAAAUUAACCCAUCCUAGCUAUGAUCUGUGUAGCUAGGAGCAGUGGGCUGCCGCCUUCAUGCUGCGCCCGGGGACCAACUCCAGUUCUUUUUCCAUUGCCUUGCUCAGGGGCACAGACAGGAGUAUUAACCCUAACAUGCAUGUUUAUUUUGAUGGUGGGGGAAACCACAGCACCCGGAGAAAACCCACCGCAGACACGGGGAGAACAUGCAAACUCCACACAGAGGAUGACCUGGGAUGACCCCCAAGGUUGGACAACCCCGGGGUUCAAACCCAGGACCUUCUUGCUGUGAGGCGGCAGCGGUAACCAUCGGUCCACCAUGCCGCACCGUGCCGCAAAUGAAUGGUGGGAAGGCAGAUUUUCAGAGAACUGGCUGUUGUGGUCACAAACGAGGAAAUCUUGUUUUCUGCCCUGUACAGUGCCAUUACACCUUUCAGUAUGAUUCCAAUGAGGAGUGGAGUAGAAAUAACCACACACAAAUAGCUCGUGGCUAGCUGUAUAGAUAAUUGCAGUGAUUAUGAAAUUAAUGGUCACAGAUUGCAAGAAAUGUGUUGAUUUUGUAAAGUGACUUUCGAGAUUUUUUUCAGGUCGAUUAGAAAAUGUUAAAUUUCAGCUGUAUUCACAGUGUUGACAAAAUAAACCUUUUGUA